AUGAGAUUGGAGAUCGAAGAACAAGUGAUUGCAGAAACCAAGAAGCUCAUCGAAGCAGGUUUCAUUCGAGAAGAAAAAUAUGCUGAUUGGAUAACCAACAUUAUCCCGAUGAAAAAGAAGAAUGGACAAAUUCGUAUAUGCAUCGAUUUUCGUGAUCUUAACAAAGCAUGUCCAAAAGACGACUUCCCACUUCCAAUAUCAGAACUGUUGGUUGACAAUACAUCCAAUUAUGAUAUAUUCUCAUUUAUGGAUGGGUCGUCGGGAUAUAACCAAAUCAAAAUGGCACCUGAAGAUGAAAAACAUACAUCUUUCAGGACUCCUAUUGGCAUAUUCUGCUACACAGUCAUGCCCUUUGGCUUGAAGAAUGCUGGAGCUACAUACCAAAGAGCUAUGACGCAUAUAUUUGAUGAGCUUAUCCACCAGAAAGUUGAAUGUUAUGUGGAUGAUCUUGUUGUGAAAAGUAUAGAUCGAAAAGAUCACCUCCAAGAUUUGAGAAUUGUAUUUGAAAGAAUCAGAAAAUUCAAUCUCAAAAUGAAUCCCCUCAAAUGUGCUUUCGGAGUUUCUUCAGGAAAAUUUCUUGGGUACGUUGUACGGCACCGAGGAAUUGAAGUGGAUCCUAACAAAGUCAAGGCAAUCAUAGAAAUGCCGCCUCCGAAAAGUCUCCGUCAACUUCGUUCUUUACAAGGACAACUUGCAUUUAUACGACGGUUUAUUUCAAAUCUAUCAGGCAGAUGUCAACCAUUUGCAAAGCUGAUGAAGAAAGACGUUCGUUUUAAAUGGGAUGAUGAAUGCCAAGAAGCUUUUGACAGUAUCAAAAGAUAUCUUCUGAGCCCACCCAUACUUGCAGCACCAAUUCCAGGGAAGCCUCUUAUCCUCUACACCGCAGCAUUGGAAGAGUCCCUUGGAGCCUUGCUAGCCCAGCACAAUAAAGAAGGCAAAGAAAAUGCACUCUACUAUAUCAGUCGAAGAUUGAUAGGAGCAGAAAUACGCUACUCUUCAAUUGAGAAACACUGUCGCCUAGCUAGGUGGGCAGUGAUACUCUUACAGUUUGAUAUCACGUAUGUCCCCCAAAAAGCAGUGAAAGGGCAAGUUCUAGCAGAUUUUCUUGCCGCACAUCCCGUUCAUGCAGACUCGCCGCUAAAUGAUGAUCUGCCUGAUGAACAAAUUCUAGUUGUUCUAGAAAAAGAGAAAUCACAAAUGUGGGAAAUGUAUUUUGAUGGUGCAUCAUCAAUUAAACCUGCCCAACCUCCAAACCUCCCCAAAGCUCGAGCUGGUAUCGGUCUUAUUUUCAUAGCACCGAACGGAGGAAUAAUGAGAUUUUCAUUUGGGUUAACUGAACCUAGAACCAAUAAUGAAGCAGAAUACGAAGCUUUAAUAGCGGGUCUUGAGAUCGCUAUUUCAAUGGAAAUUCAAAAUCUCAAACAAAAUGACUGGAGGCAGCCUUUCAUUGACUACUACAGAGAAAACAAACUUCUCGCAGAUAAAUCAUUAGCUACACAGAUCAAGAAGAGAGCAUUGCGAUAUGCGUUUGUCAACAAUACACUAUAUCGAAGGUCAUUUGAGCAAAUGUGGCUGCACUGUUUAGGUAGAGAUGAAGCUGAUAAAGUAAUUUCUGAAGUUCAUGAAGGAUUAUAUGGUGCACAUCAAUCAGGUCCUAAAAUGGCCAUUAAGGUUAAAAGAAUGGGUUAUUACUGGCCAUCAAUGGUAAAGGAUUGUACAAAUCAUGCAGAUAUAUGUCACGAGUGUCAAAUUCAUGGCAAUAUUAUACAUCAACCUCCAAAUCCUUUACAUCCCACAAUAGCAUCUUGGCCAUUCGAAUGCUGGGGGACAGAUGUAAUUGGGCCCAUUGAUCCACCAUCAUCUGCUGGACAUCGCUUUAUAUUAGCGGUAACAGACUAUUUUUCUAAAUGGGCUGAAGCAGUUCCAUUCAAAGAAGUCACUGCUCAUCAUGUGAUCAACUUUUUUACUCAUAAUAUUGUCUACAGAUUUGGUGUUUCGCGUCGCAUAAUCUCAGACAACGGUUCAGCUUUCAAAAGUACCAAAAUUUAUAAGUUCACUGAACGACAUAAAAUCGAUUGGCGAUAUUCAUCGAUCUAUAAUCCAAGGGCAAAUGGAUUAACAGAAGCCUUCAACAAAACGCUCGUAAAGCUACUCAAGAAAAUCCUUACUAAAAAUAAAAGAGAAUGCCAUACUACGAUGGCAGAAGCAUUAUGGGCAUAUCGUACCACAUACAAAACGCCAACAAAAACAACUCCUUAUGCAUUGGUGUUUGGAGCUGAAGCUGUGUUGCAACUCGAAGUUGAACUACCAUCACUUCGGAUAGCUCUUCAGUACGACCUUACAGAAGAACAAAAUGCUCGCCUACGAAUGGAAGAGCUUGAUGCGUUGGAUGAAGGUCAGGGAGCUUGUAAUCAUUUCCAGUGGUAUGAUAAUGCCAUAAAAAUUAAGGAUUCUGAUUGUUUGCUGGAAAAGCUUAAUAUACCCACCCAGGAUAACAAGGAUGCUUGCAAAGCCAUCAGCAAUGUAAAAGCUGAGGAUAAGGUUGUUCAAUUUUCACCGUUAAUACAAGAUCAAAUGUUCGGGCAAGAACCACAGGCAUCAAAAAUAGAAAGAGAGCUGAAGGAUACCCACAAUUAUAUUGGUAAGGGAACCUGCAAUCACUUCCAGUUGUUUGACAGCACAACAAAAGUCGGCAAAAUCGAGCAAUCUGAUUAUUUGCUUUACAAGCCUAAUCCACCCAUUGACGCCAUGGAAGCAGAGGUUACACUUGCUCCAGUUUCUCCCUUACCACUAGAUCAAAGAGAUGCACUCUUCCAAAUUUCUCCUGUUAAAAGGCUCAGUCUAGCCGAUGACAGCCCAGAUGCUGGCUGCUCGAAGCUCAAGAGAUGCUUGAAAUUUGGAGGUGAAGGGCAUUGGUCGAAUGAAUUAAGUGCUUCUCUGAAUUCUCCUUGUAAUAAAUGUGGCAGGUUUGGUUACUGGAAGUGCAAUUGCCCAGCUUAAUUCAGGAGGGUGAGAUGCUUAAUAGAUGUGUGUGUAGUAGUGUACUUGUAUGCUUCUGAGCUUUAUAAAUCUUAACACUAAAACAACGCUUCAUGCUAUAUUUGCUAACUUUGAAACUUGGAGUGUAUGAGCUCUUUUCCAAAUGCUUUGCCACGCUUAAUUUUGGCUUUUCUGUAA